CAGAGUGAAAAAAACCACAUAAAACAACAGUGUGUGUAUGAGGAAACUGUACUUCCUCUUUUAAGUGUGAAGGUCCUCUGGUCUGUUAAAACGGGUGUACUUUCUUGCUGGAACAAAAUAACCCUGCUGAUUAUUCUGCAAUAAGGAUGCAGAUUUUGCGUGCCGUGUUGCUUUUGGCCUUUCUGGUCCUCGGCCACUCUUCGUCUGCCUUAAAUAAAUUGUGGGAAGAGUGGAUAAUCAAACAUAGCAAGGUUUAUAAUAAUCAGACUGAGAUCGUUUUCAGGAGGGCAGUGUGGGAGAAGAACAUGCAGUUGGUGUUGAGACACAACCAGGAGGCCUCAGCAGGAAAACACAGCUUCACAAUGGGACUCAAUCAUCUGGCUGACAUGACAGCUGAGGAAAUCAAUGAGAAGCUGAACGGCCUGAAGCUGGAGGAGCCUAUUCAUUACAGAAAUGGCACUUUUAAGGAAGUGAGUGGCUUAUUGACACCUCAGAGUGUAGACUGGAGGAAGAAAGGCCUGGUCAGCCCAGUCCAAAACCAGGGGUUAUGUGGGUCCUGCUGGGCCUUCAGCUCUUUGGGAGCUCUUGAGGGCCAGAUGAAGAAACGAACAGGUUUCCUUGUUCCCCUGAGCCCACAGAACCUGGUGGACUGCAGCACCAUCGAUGGAAAUCACGGCUGCAGAGGAGGAUACAUCUCUAAAUCCUACAGCUACAUCAUCCGCAAUGGAGGCGUUGACUCAGAGAGCUUUUACCCCUACGAACACCAGAACAAUAAAUGUCGGUAUUCUGUCAAGGGAAAGGCUGGCUACUGCUCUGAUUUCCACAUCCUCCCACGAGGAGAUGAGAAGACUCUGCUGGCUGUAGUGGCAUCAGUGGGACCGGUCGCUGUGGCCGUAAACGCCAUGCUGCAGUCUUUUCAUCUCUACAGAGGAGGUUUAUACAACGUACCCAACUGCAACCCAAAGUUCAUAAAUCACGCUGUCCUGGUUGUGGGCUAUGGCACAGACGGAGGACAAGACUUCUGGCUUGUGAAAAACAGUUGGGGAACUGCGUGGGGAGAGGAAGGCUUCAUUCGACUUGCCAGAAACAAAAACAAUCUCUGCGGCAUUGCCAGCUUUGCAGUCUACCCUACGCUGUGAAAAUGUGACCUGUCACCUGAAUUAUCUUGGUAGAAUUUUAGGUUAUCUCAUUUAUCUAUUUAAUAUCAGACUACAUGUUUUAAUCUUUGAUAACAAAACUGCAGAUGCUGUCCUGAAAGUCAAAUACUGCCAAAAAAAGUGUACAAAAAGUUAAUUUUGCAGAAGUACUGUAUCUGCUUUGGUAGCAUUUCUCACUGAUUUUGUUUUAAUAAAGACAUAUAAAUAUAAA